AUGUCUUACCACGAUAACAGCCGGGAAGGGCUGAGCCCUUCGCCCCCAAACAUCCUGGACAUCUUUACCGAAGACGAGGAUGAUGAUGACGUCGACAGCUACCAUCCAACCGAGGACCGCAGCACCAAUGCCAGCGACCUGAACGACGACGACGAAGAUGAAGACGAAGAUGAGGACGACGACGACACCGCCUUUGCCGAUGCGCAGGAGACCUUAAGUGGGAUUGAAAUCGUGUUCGAGGGCGGCAGCGGGGACGAGGACGAGGAAGGCGACCAGACAGAAACCGAAGGCGGUGGCGGUGGUACUGCAACUCGUCCUAUCCAGGUGACCGCGGCCGACAUCCGAGGACUGUUAAAUGCCAGUGCACCCCUACGACAACUGAUCCUCAGCCGAUAUCGCCUACUUGGACCAGGGGGACAAGAUCUAUUCGGAGGAGACGACGAAGAUGACGAAGACGAUAUUAUUCUCGAGGGCUCAGGCCCCUUUGGCAGUCUACACGGACGCAGGAGACGACGGCGACCGAAACCUCCCGAGGACCGAUUCCCCAAAGUUCCCAGCGACAACGGACGGGCGUUAAUGAACUCAGGGUUGUACGGCAGUCGAGAUGAUUUUGUGGACAUACUACGAAAGAGAAGACGGACCGUCGCUGAACGGCUGAUGUGGCGACGCUUAGGGGUGGACGGACGGUCAAGCAUGCGACGGCAAAACCGGUUGAUCGCGCAAGACUCAAUACCGUCGACAUCAACAGCAGACAAAAUCAUCCACUACGACAGUCGAGCAUACUCUGGCCAAUUCUCAGACGACGGUAACUUCUUCUUCAGUUGUACGCAGAACUUCAAGGUUCGCAUGUACGACACCAGCAAUCCCUACGAAUGGAAAUACUACAAGACGGUCGACUACCCGUUUGGUCAAUGGACCAUCACCGAUGCCACGUUGAGUCCAGACAACAAAUUCCUCGCAUACUCUUCGAUCCGACAUACUGUGUGUCUCGCUCCGACGGACCCGACGGACCAUUCGGACCAUACGCUACUUGAUUUCACCAAUUUUGCGCCCGGUUCGGGAAUGGGUCGACAGAAUUACGGAUACAUGGGCCGCCAUGGGUUCGGGAUCUGGUCGUUGCGGUUUAGCGGUGAUGGACGCGAGAUCGUGGCAGGCACAUCAGACCAUAGUGUCGUGGUAUACGACCUAGAAAGACGGCAAUCGACGGUGCGACUGUCAAACCACGACGACGAUGUCAAUGCCGUCUGUUUCGGCGACAAAUCCUCCCCGCAUAUCUUGUACUCGGGAUCCGACGACCAGACGUUGCGAGUGUGGGAUCGUCGGUCCAUGGCGGACGGACGGCCUGCCGGUAUUUUCGUCGGCCACACCGAAGGCCUCACGUAUGUCGACUCCAAGGGAGAUGGCCGCUAUGUUUUGUCCAACGGAAAAGACCAGAUGAUGAAACUUUGGGAUCUGCGCAAGAUGAUCUCGCCCAACGAGUUUGCCCGGAUCGAUUUACAGUCUUACACCACAAACUUUGAUUAUCGUUUCUCUCCCUACGACGAGGACGACUAUAUCCCCAACCCGAAGGAUUGCAGUGUCGUCACGUUCCGCGGCCACAGCGUUUUGAAAACCCUGAUCAGAUGUCACUUCUCGCCUCCUGGCUCGAGUAACUCUCGCUAUGUCUAUAGUGGCAGUGAAGAUGGGAAAGUGUACAUUUGGAACUUGGAUGGUACCAGAAAGGCCACUGUCGAUGUCUAUGCCGCCACAAAAGAUACCCGGCCAAGAGCAGAUAGUGCCGGUUAUGGCUAUGAGUUGCAUGGUCACCACAGUGGUGUGUGGAAGACUUGUGUGAGGGAUGCGAGUUGGAGUCCGACGGCGCCUGUGUUGGCUGCUACAUCCUGGAACGGCUGGGGCAUGGCAACCGGCACCGUGUCCCUGCACAGUUGGAACGACGGCAACCAAGACGACGAGGCCGACCCGCCCAUGGCGUCGAAUUACAAUGCCCGUCUUGACCGGCGCGAGGACUUUGACUUUGCCGCGCGGCGAGCGCGACACGGGUUUGAUGGUGGGAAUGGUGUUCCUGACGAUGAUUUGCCGAGGCGGACUGCACGGAUUCAGACGGCUCGGCGUGGUGGUGUUGGUGGUCGCACCACAGGUUUGAGAAGUAGUGCCGUACCAGCACAGCAGAGACAGGGACAGUCUGAUGACGAAGACAAUGAUGAUGGUGUAGGUGGGAUCUGGUGA